AUGGCACCUCCAUCAUACAGCGAUUUGGGCAAACAGGCUCGCGACAUCUUCAGCAAAGGCUACAACUUUGGCCUGUGGAAGUUGGACCUGAAGACCAAGACAUCGUCGGGCAUUGAAUUCAACACAGCCGGACACUCGAACCAGGAGUCGGGCAAGGUCUUUGGUUCCCUGGAGACCAAGUACAAGGUUAAGGACUAUGGCCUGACCCUCACCGAGAAAUGGAACACAGACAACACCCUCUUCACCGAGGUGGCUGUCCAGGAUCAGCUGCUCGAGGGUCUGAAGCUGUCUCUGGAGGGCAACUUUGCACCACAGUCGGGCAACAAGAGCGGCAAAUUCAAGGUCGCCUAUGGACAUGAGAAUGUCAAGGCCGAUUCGGAUGUUAACAUCGAUCUGAAGGGUCCCUUGAUCAAUGCAUCCGCUGUUCUGGGCUACCAGGGAUGGUUGGCCGGUUACCAGACCGCCUUCGAUACACAGCAAUCCAAGUUGACCGCCAACAACUUUGCCCUCGGCUACUCCACCAAGGACUUUGUGCUGCACACAGCUGUCAAUGAUGGCCAGGAGUUCAGCGGCUCAAUCUUCCAACGCACUUCGGACAAGCUCGAUGUGGGCGUUCAGCUGUCGUGGGCCAGCGGCACCAGCAACACCAAGUUCGCCAUUGGCGCCAAAUAUCAAUUGGAUGACGAUGCCAGCGUCCGCGCCAAGGUUAACAAUGCCAGCCAGGUCGGUUUGGGAUACCAACAGAAGUUGCGUGAUGGCAUCACCUUGACCCUGUCCACAUUGGUCGAUGGCAAGAACUUCAAUGCCGGUGGCCACAAGAUUGGUGUUGGCCUCGAAUUGGAAGCCUAAAUUAGUUCAAGAUUUCUGAAGCUGAAUGCGCUGCCAGCAAUAAACAACAAACACCAACAACAUCCACUACAACAACAACAACAGCAGUAACAACAUUUAAGAAAAGUCUACAAAAAUGAAAGUGUAUCAAACAAUAAAACACAACAAAAACUAAAUACAAAAUCACACUUCACGUUUAGAGACAGAGAUUUAUUUGCCAACAAAGCAAGGAUCGGAUCGAUCGGAUGUUGAAUCCCCGUUUAGUGCAUAGCUAAGUACAUGAAUAACAUACAUAAUUUAUUGUUGGCAAACAGUGAAAUACAUAAUUUACCUAUUAAAACUUAAAAAUCUAAACAA